UGUUGCUGGCCCUCCAAAUGAAGCCACAGGAAGACGUUUUUUUGUUCCAGGAGUAAACAUGGCAGCGUCCUUCAUGGAGCCGUUUAGGGAACUACUAGUAAAGUUUCUCAUUCCAGAAAAAUGUUUCGAUGAAUUUUUCAUAAACUUCAACUUUUUAGAUGUGCCUUGCCUGAAAAUCCUGAUCAGCAAGGUGCUAGGAAUUGGGAUCAUUGCUGGAUCAAUUAUGGUAAAGCUGCCUCAGAUAAUAAAACUAAUAAGAGCCAAAAGUGCAGAGGGCCUGAGUUUCAAAGCUGUCCUCCUUGAGCUGCUGGCAAUUACAGGGACCAUGGUCUACAGCAUCUCCAACAGCUUCCCAUUCAGUGCCUGGGGAGAAGUGCUGUUUCUGAUGGUGCAGACCGUGACGAUUGGCUUUCUCAUUCAGCAUUAUGGGGGGAACACUGGAAGAGGCAUUGGGUUUUUAGGGCUUUAUGCAGUUAUACUGUUACUGCUGCUGUCACCACUGACCCCCAAGACUGUGAUAACGCUGAUGCAAGCCACCAAUGUACCAGCUAUUGUAAUUAGUCGGCUCAUUCAAGCAGCUACUAACUAUCGCAACGGACACACAGGGCAGCUGUCUGCUAUCACUGUGUUCCUGCUAUUUGCUGGUUCUUUAGCCCGAAUUUUCACAACAGUGCAGGAAACUGGAGAUCCUUUAAUGAUACUGACAUUUGUGGUUUCGUCAUGCUGCAAUGGCAUUAUUGCAGCCCAGUUACUCUACUACUGGAAUGUCCCAUCCAGCCACAAGGAGAAAAAGCACAAGUAGAGUAAAAAAAAGGAAAAA